AUGCUUUUGUGCUACAGCAGCAGAGGCCUCCUGGGAAUGGUUGCCCACAUGAUGUACACGCAGGUGUUCCAGGUCACCGUGAGCCUCGGCCCUGAAGACUGGAGGCCCCAUUCCUGGGACUACGGGUGGUCCUUCUGCCUGGCGUGGGGCUCCUUUACCUGCUGCAUGGCAGCCUCUGUCACCACGCUCAACUCCUACACCAAGACGGUCAUUGAGUUCCGGCACAAGCGCAAGGUCUUUGAGCAGGGCUACCGGGAGGAGCCGACCUUCAUAGACCCUGAGGCCAUCAAGUACUUCCGGGAGAGGAUCGAGAAGGGGGAUGGGAUCGAGGAGGAAGACCUUCGCUUAGACUGUCGCCACGAACGAUACCCGACCCGACACCAGCCACACAUGGGGGAUUCCUGGCCCCGGAGCUCUGUCCAGGAGGUGCCAGAGCUGAACCGCCAGUGCUGGGUCCUGGGGCACUGGGUGUGACCGAGACCCCAUCCUAGCCCCUGGAUCUCAGGCCGUCGCCGUCACCACCUCCCAGCCACAAGAACACUAGACCAGUGCCCCCGGAAACCUGGCCUGUGUGCUGUGAACUCAGCCAGCCUGCCCACUGCUGCCUGGGUCCAGGACCCUGGAGAUGGGGCCAGGGUGGCCCGAGGGAAUGCGCAGGACUACACAGAGUGACUUUGGGACAGCAGCCCUAACUCUUGCCACCAUGACAUGCAGAGCCCUGCUGGGUGCGGCUGGGAUGCCAGAGAAGACAUGGACACUGGCACUGAGUGCCGGGGCACCCACACACCAGCCAGGAGGCCAAGGAGGUGCCCAGAGGGGCAGCGCCCUGUGGGGGCAGGGAGAAGGGCUUCCUGAAGGAGGGGCAGCUGUGCUGGCACUACAGGGGGUCACAGGGCAGGCACACAGCAGGGGCUCAAUAAAUGCUUGUUGAACCUGU